AGGCGGGCAGUUUAACUGUUCCGCAGCUCCGCAACGUUAGCCACGUUUCUCGUUUUAUUAUUGUUUUAUUGUAGUGUUGCCGUCGUUUUAACACCCAGUAUUAUACAUUGUUUUAAUAGACGUGGUUGGCUACACAUAGCGUCUUUCACUCGCGAGUUUACGUCAGACAGAGUCGCCGUUGCGGACUGAUGCUCGGAUUAGCUCGAUUCAGCUAAAGACUACUAACUACCACUAUGGACCGACCGUCGAGGAAGACGAAGGCGAUAAACUAUUGCGACGCCAAGGACUUUGACGACGACGAGGAUGACUUUGCCUGUGUGAGGGCUCCUCCCAGCAAGAAGAUAAGAGACAGCACUAAACAUGCAGAUUCAAAGAAAUCCUCAAGCAAGUCGUCGAGUCAGGACUCCGACUCCCAGCCGGUGCAAAGCCACAAAACUAGAAAGUCUUUGGAUGAGAAGCUGCUUGAUAGAGAUCUGGAGGCAGCUCUCGCUCUGUCACUGCUCAACAAGACGGACGUGAAGGAACAAGCGUCACAUGGAGAAGGCAGUGCUACGAAACCGCUGAAGGACAAGAGCUCUGAACUACUACCUCCAGUCCUCUCCAAGUUUUGGGAAGAAACACCAGUUGUUGAUCCAUCAGAGAGAGAUGAUAAACUAGCACCCCACAUCCUCAAACCGGUUCAUAAAGAAGAAGAAGAUGACGACGACUACACCCCCAAACCAACCCCAGAUUCUGAGAGUGAGGAGGACUUUAGCGAGCCGGAAGAGAGCGAGGAUGAAGAGUUCACCACGAAGAAGGUGAAGAAAACUUCCAAGAAGGAGACGGUGAAGAAUCACAAGCCAAAACAGCCCACGGCGUCGAAGAAAGGAAAGCAGCCGAGGAAACCUCACACAGCAGCCUCUGCGCCGGUCAGAAGUCCACCAGCAGCCAAGAGGCCCGCCCCCUCCACCACAGCGUCCUCAUCCAAACCCCUGUUACCUGUGAGCCCAGCUGCAGCCAGGAUACCCAAGUGGACCCCUCCAGGUCAGAUUGGUAAAAGUCCCGCUUCAGCGUCACCAGGUCCAGCAGUGAAGUCUCCAGGUCAGGGCCUGCGACUGGGACUGUCCCGACUGGUCCGAGUCAAGCCCCUUCACCCCGGCGUGGCAAGUCACUAGUGCUACAUCAGGUCCACCUCCUGCUCCUACACGGUGCCUCUGAGCCACUCUGGCCGGCAGUGGUCAGUACCUGUGCGCAUCACACCACAUGCUCUGUGAACCUUGUUUGUUGGGUACUGACCACUGCAGACUGGGAAGUCAGAGUUUAGGUUUUAAGACUCAGCCGUUUCCCCCUGUGACGUUGUAUAUUGUGUACAUAUGAGGAAUAAAGGUUC